AUGUCAACAACCGAGAACACAACAACAGUUAUAGUCCAUGAAGCUAUAAAUGAAGAAUAUGAGUGGGUUCAGUUUAACAAACAACUCCGUCUCAUUCGUUCGGUCAAAGACGAUAUGUACCAAAUGCAAAGUAUUUUGAAUGCUCUUCGUUCUACAAAGCAAGCAUAUCAUUGGUUUGAAAACCAACAGACAAAAGAACUUUUAGAAGAAUUUCCUCAUAUGUUUGCUACCCUCGAAAAACCGAGGAAUGAGAUUCCGUACGAAAAUCGUAAAAAUUUGCCAAUAAAUUUAAGAGGAUAUUAUGUUCAUAGACUUUUAGUAAAUGCCGUAGCAAUGUGGGCUUCACCUCGUUAUGCUUGUUAUAUUUUCAUGAUGUUAGAUGAAAUUCAUAGACAAGAACGUGAAGAGAUGGAAAAGAAACUUCAAGCAAAAGAUGAAGUCAUUGAAGCAAAAGACAAAAGCAUUCAGAAAAGAAUACCACGUUCGGUACCAAAAGGAAAGGAAAAGAACUAUAAGUAUAUGAUUUAUACUGAAGAGAUGGAAAAUGAAGAAGAUAAAGAUAUGGUUAUGUUGCAUUUAGUCAGAAGAAACAACA